AUGUUAGCCGGGGUUUGGAAGGGAAAAGAUGUGCGGCUAGGGCGCGUGUUUUUUUGGCAGAAACAUCACAUCGAUAAUGAAAAGUUUGGUCACAUUCCUGCUCUCUCUCUCUAUCUAUCGUCAAGGAGAACAUACUGCUACACUACCUUACCACCGGGGGGGGCCUUGCCUGCCCGGAAUGAGACGGACAGGCUGAGAAGCUCAGCUGAUAAUGUUGCACAUAGGCCCUGCUUAUCAAUUUGGAAAAUGGGACGCGGUAUUAUGAUUUUUGGUGGUUUUCGCCCCCAGGUUUUACUGCGUAUCUAG